UCCAGAGAAUCAUUGGUAGACGACCUUAGAAAAAGACCUGACAUACCAGAGUGACAGACACCUCCUAAUUAUGGCAUUUUGGGCACAGAUAGGAUCCCUGCUUGUCAUUCUAAUGUCAGCAGCAGUAAGAGGGAGAGUGGAAAAAGAGCUGUCUCCAGAGUGCAGAGAAUUCCUCUACAGGGGAACACCACCGACAGGACUGGAACACCGCUCCGUCCAGUUCAUUUGCCAGUGUUACAACAAGAAGCCACGCUACGUAACUCUGUACAACACAGAGGACCACAUACCUAUCUACUCUGCCUACAUCUUUAAACGCUCAGAUGGGGAGAAAUGUGUGGAUGUACCAUGGAUGUAUGAACCUCAGCUAUCCACAUCAUCUGAUACAGAUGAGAUGCAGCCCUUUCCGAGUGGUUACAUGCACAUGAAUUUUGAAGACGCCCAAGCCGUUCUGGACGAUUAUACGAAUGCCAUCCUUUACGAGCGGGGCACCCUCAACCCAGACGAGCACCAGGACGAACCUGACGACAAGGCCUCCACCUACACCCUCACCAACGUCGUUCCCAUGGUGCCCGACCUCAACAACAGAGUCUGGAACACACAGGAGCACAUCAUCCGCAAACGGCUCAACAACUACUGCCAUGGAACAGCUUACAUUGUCACCGGCAUCACCACCUCGGGGAAGAUGAUCCGCCGGGAAAACAUGAAACGCAUUGCGGUUCCCACCUACCUGUGGUCAGCUUAUUGCUGCGAUGACUACGACCACAAUACACCUUAUAAUGAGCGCUACAGGUUCCCAUCUUUUGCUCACUAUGGCCUCAACGAGGAAGAAAACAACGGGGUGGUGGAAAUGUCCGUCCAGAAGCUUGAAGAGUUCCUCAAGAAGACCACCUUUGUAAACCAGAACUUUCAGAUCUUUGCGGGUGACUGUGUGCCACCAGCAUCUGGUAGAAUUGAACUGAGAAAUAUUAAGGUAUAAGGUAGCUAUGUGCUAUGUAAGAAGAAAUGCCCAUGUGUUACUGAUAUCACUAAAAAUAGCUGUCUACUUGAGUCAUGACAGUGAGCCAACAUGCACAGUAUCAGGAGCCAUAAACUAAGGCAGCUAAAUGGAAAUUAGCCAUAAUUCAUUUUAUUACCUACAUCUGUACAUUUUCUGCUGUGGCAUGAUAACAUGUCUGCUGUUAAAGAGGUUUAAAACCUACAGACCAUUUUCACUGCAGACAUUUUGGUGCUUAGAUCAUUACAGUGACACUCAGAUCUCUCAGAACUGGGUCAAGAGAAACGCUAAAGUUGGAAAUCGAGGGUGUUUUCUACUUAUUCUGAACAACCGCAUUGGAAGGUGAAGUGAGAAAUUGGCCAUCACAGAGACAGAAGGAUAGAAUUUGUUUGUCUUGUGUUUGUUCUCUCCUCCUCUUCCUCCUUUUUCACUUACAACUGUCUUCUCAACUUUAGAACUGGCUGGCUUAAUUGAACGCAGCUGUUUUUAAUGAUAUCAGUAACAGCUGGUAAGACAUGUCAAAAUGCCUACUGUGAAAAAGGUCAACUAGAAGACAUUACAUUCAGUGUAACAAAAUGUACCUUCUUUGUGUAUUUCACA